AUGGUUGGUCCCGCUGCUUCAGCCAAGGUAAGCGUAGGGUCUCACGUUUGGGUGGAAGAUCCGGAUGAAGCCUGGAUAGAUGGUGAAGUAGAAGAAGCUAAGGCUGAUGAAAUCACUGUCAACUGCUCUGGGAAGUCGGUUGUGGCAAAGGUAAAUGCUGUCUACCCCAAGGACCCCGAGUUCCCUGAACUUGGAGUCGACGACAUGACUAAGCUUGCCUAUUUGCAUGAACCAGGCCUUCUUCUCAAUCUUAAGUGCCGAUAUGAUUCAAAUGAAAUUUACACAUACACGGGGAAUAUAUUGAUAGCUGUCAAUCCCUUCAAAAGAUUACCCCAUCUUUAUGGAACUGAUACGAUGAAACAGUACAAGGGUACCCCUUUUGGUGAGUUGAGUCCACAUCCUUUCGCGGUUGCAGAUUCUGCCUACAGGAAAAUGAUAAACGAGGGAGUGAGCCAGGCGAUCUUGGUGAGCGGUGAAAGCGGUGCUGGGAAGACGGAGAGCACAAAGAUGCUCAUGCGGUUUCUUGCCUACAUGGGGGGAAGAGCUGAGAGUGAAGGACGAUCCGUGGAGCAGCAAGUUUUGGAGUCCAAUCCAGUUUUAGAAGCUUUCGGCAAUGCAAAAACCGUUAGAAACAAUAACUCAAGUCGUUUUGGUAAAUUUGUGGAGAUUCAGUUCGAUCAAAGAGGAAGAAUUUCGGGAGCUGCUAUCAGGACAUAUUUGUUAGAGAGGUCGCGUGUUUGUCAAGUUUCUGACCCUGAAAGAAACUAUCAUUGCUUUUACAUGCUUUGUGCUGCACCUGAACAGGAAACUGAGAGGUACAAGUUAGGAAAACCAAGCACAUUUCGCUAUCUAAACCAGUCGAAUUGCUAUGCGUUGGAUGGGCUCGAUGAUUCCAAGGAAUACCUAGCUACAAGGAAAGCUAUGGACGUUGUUGGAAUCGGUUCUGAAGAUCAGGUACGUACUUUCCUUUUAGUUGCUUAUUUACAUGCUUGCUCUACUUACAUUCUACUUCUUCAGGAUGCAAUCUUCCGAGUAGUAGCUGCGAUCCUUCAUCUAGGCAACAUCGAGUUUGCAAAGGGUGAAGAAUCAGAAGCUUCAGAACCUAAGGACGAAAAAUCACGGUUCCAUCUAAAAACAGCAGCCGAACUUUUCAUGUGUGAUGAGAAGGCUUUAGAAGAUUCCUUGUGCAAAAGGGUCAUGGUGACUCGUGAUGAAAGCAUUACAAAGUCGCUUGAUCCUGAUAGUGCUGCUCUAGGGAGAGAUGCCCUAGCCAAAAUUGUCUAUUCUAAAUUGUUUGAUUGGCUCGUGACCAAGAUCAAUAAUUCCAUUGGCCAAGAUCCAGAUUCAAAACACAUUAUUGGAGUUCUGGAUAUUUACGGAUUCGAGAGUUUCAAGACAAACAGUUUUGAGCAAUUCUGUAUAAAUUUGACAAACGAGAAGCUACAGCAACAUUUCAACCAGCACGUGUUCAAGAUGGAGCAAGAAGAAUAUACUAAAGAAAAGAUUGACUGGAGUUACAUAGAGUUCAUUGACAAUCAGGAUAUCCUCGAUCUUAUUGAAAAGAAACCUGGUGGUAUCAUUGCCCUUCUAGACGAGGCUUGCAUGUUUCCAAGAUCUACGCAUGAUACUUUUGCACAAAAGCUAUACCAGACUUUUAAAGACCACAAGCGUUUUGCCAAGCCAAAAUUGGCUCAAACAGACUUUACUAUUUGCCACUACGCUGGUGAUGUCACCUAUCAGACAGAACUGUUUUUGGACAAAAACAAAGAUUAUGUCGUUGGAGAACAUCAAGCUCUCCUGAGCUCUUCAGAUUGUUUCUUUGUCUCCUCGUUAUUUCCACCUUUGCCAGAGGAAUCUUCGAAAACAUCAAAGUUCUCAUCAAUAGGCUCUCAGUUUAAGCAUCAACUGCAAUCUUUGCUCGAGAGUUUGAGCACAACAGAGCCACACUACAUACGAUGUGUUAAACCAAAUAACCUUCUUAAGCCAGAAAUAUUCGAGAACAUUAAUAUUCUCCAGCAACUUAGGUGUGGGGGAGUCAUGGAAGCCAUUAGGAUUAGUUGUGCUGGAUAUCCUACUAGGAAGCCUUUCAAUGAAUUUUUGACCCGGUUCAAAGUUUUAGCUCCGGAGACUACAAAUACAAGCAAUGACGAAGUUGACGCUUGCAAAAAGCUACUAGCAAAAGUGGACCUCAAAGGUUAUCAGAUCGGGAAAACAAAGGUGUUUCUUAGGGCAGGUCAAAUGGCAGAACUAGACGCUCACCGAGCUGAGGUUCUUGGUCGUUCAGCACGGAUAAUACAGAGGAAAGUCCUUUCUUAUCAGUCUCGCAAAAAGUUUCUGUUGUUGCAGGCUGCUUCAACAGAUAUCCAAGCCUUGUGUAGAGGGCAAGUUGCACGUGUUUUGUUUGAGAAGAUGCGAAUAGAAGUGGCUUGUCUGAGAAUUCAGAAUCAGGCACGGACUUAUAUUUGCCAGAAAGCCUAUAGAAGUCUGUGCUCUUCUGCUUGUUCAGUUCAGACAGGGAUGCGAGCAAAAGCUGCUCGAGUCGAACUUCAGUUUAGAAAGAAGAGAAGAGCUGCAAUCAUUAUUCAAAGUCAAAUCAGAAGAUGUUUGUGUCAUCGCCAUUACGUGAGACUGAAGAAAGCAGCGAUUACCACUCAAUGUGGCUGGAGAAGGAGAGUUGCACGACGAGAAUUGCGUAAUCUUAAAAUGGCUGCUAAAGAAGCCGGAGCACUUCAAGAUGCUAAGAGUAAGCUGGAAAAUCAAUUGGAAGAACUCACUUCUAACUUAGAGCUUGAGAAAAAGAUGAGGAUGGAGAUCGAGGAAGCAAAAUCUCAAGAAGUCGAAGCAUUACAGUCAGCUUUAACAGAUGUAAAACUUCAGCUCAAAGAAACUCAAGAAACCAAAAGUGCGGAGAUCUCGAGAUUGCAAUCUGCUUUACAAGACAUGCAACUUGAGAUUGAAGAACUCUCUAAGGGACUUGAGAUGAGUAACGAUCUUUCUUCCGAAAAUGAACAGCUUAAGGAGUUGGUGAGUUCUUUGCAAAACAAGAAUGAUGGAGACGUAAGUAAGCUUGGUGAAGAGCCGACAAAACAAGAAGUUCCUGUGAUUGAUCAGACCGCAAUCAUUAAACUCGAAGCUGAAAAUCAGCAGCUGAAGGAGUUGGUUAGUUCUUUGGAGGAGAAGAUCGAUGCGUUAGACAGAAAACAUGAUGAAACAAGCUCAAAUAUCACAGAGCAGUUGAAGGAGAAUGUUUCAUCUGAUUACGAGAUUGUGAGCAAUCUUUCAGCUGAGAACGAGCGGCUCAAGGCAUUAGUAGGUUCGUUAGAGAAGAAGAUAGAUGUAAACAAUUCUUCAGAGGGGCAAAAGGAUGGGAAAAGCAUGUUGAAAGAAGAGAGCUUGACAGAGGAUGGUUCAAAUGAUAAUGAGAGGGUCAACAAACUUGCUGCUCAAAACAAAGACCUGAACGAUCUGGUAAGUUCAUUGGAAAAGAAAAUAGAUGAAACUGAGAAGAAGUAUGAGGAAGCAAGUAGACUCUGUGAAGAGAGGCUAAAGCAAGCUGUAGACGCGGAGACAAAGCUAAUUGAAGCGAAGACAUCGAUGCUAAGGCUUCAGGAAAGGGUCUCCGACAUGGAAACAGAAGAACAUAUUCGCCGGAAGCAGGCGAUGGUGAAUUCAACUUCCCGGAAAAUGUCACCCCAGGUGUCAUUUACAGGAGCCUCGGUAAACAUUUUUUUUUACUAUUUUCCUUGUAGACUUUUUUUUUCAGCAAUAUUUGACAUUUUUCUUUACCUUUUGCAGGAAAAUGGACAGCAUGAAUCACCUGCUCCUAUACCGGCUAAAAAAACUGGGACAGAAUCUUCUCGUAUUGAACAACCACCACAUGAAUCUGUUGACCUUCUUCUCAAAUGUGUAUCCCAAAAUGUCGGUUUCAGUCAUGGGAAGCCUGUCGCAGCUGUUACAAUUUAUAAAUGUCUUAUACACUGGAAAAUAUUCGAAGCAGACAAAACCAGUAUUUUUGACCGAAUUGUUCCUGUCUUUGGCUCUGCAAUUGAGAAUCAGGAAGACGACAAUCAUUUGGCUUAUUGGCUAACAAACACAUCAACUCUGUUAUUCCUGCUUCAGAGAAGCCUGAGAAAUAGUCCAACUGGCUCAAGUCCCACAAAACCUCCUCAGCCAACUUCUUUUUUGGGAAGGAUGACACAGGGUUUUCGUUCAACCUCUUCUCCUAACCUGUCAACUGACGUGGUGCAUCAAGUAGAUGCUAGGUAUCCUGCUUUGCUUUUCAAACAGCAGCUUACGGCAUAUGUGGAAACAAUGUAUGGAAUCAUCAGAGAGAAUUUCAAGAGAGAAGUAUCUUCCCUGCUUUCUUCCUGCAUUCAGGAUCUCAAGAAAUCAUCACAUGACUCCUCUGUUGUGAAAUCACCAUCAAAGUCAUCAGAAGACAAUUCACCCGCUAAGUCAUCUGAAGAGAAUCUUGCGGCAAAGCCAUCUGAAGAUAAUGAUUCACCCUCUAAGUCAUCUGAAGAGAACUCCCUGAAGAAGUCAUCUGAAGAGAAUCUUCCCGCUAAGUCAAGUUCACCAAAACAGUUAUCUGAGGAGGAUUCACCAGCUAAAGAGGGCCAAGCAGCAAAGUUGUCCGAACAGAACUUGCCAGCCAACUCUUGGCAAAGCAUUAUUGGCCUUUUGAAUCACAACCUCAUCACGUGGAAGGAAAACUAUGUUCCUCCAUUUCUCGUUCAGAAGAUCUUCAGCCAAACUUUCCUAUACAUCAACGUUCAACUCUUCAACAGUCUUCUCCUCGAGCAAGAGUACUGCACCUUCAACAUGGGAAAGGAAGUGAAGGCAGGGUUAGAUGAACUAGACUCAUGGUGUAGCCAUGCGACUGAAGAGUUCGUGGGGUCUUCUUGGGAUGAGCUCAAGCCUACGAGACAAGCCGUAGUGCUCCUGGUUACAGAGCUGAAGUCCACCAUUACAUACGACGAUCUUACAACUAACCUUUGCCCGGUUCUUAGUACUCAGCAACUAUAUAGGAUAUGUACCCUUUGCAAUAACGAAGACCACAAUGAUCAUAAUGUAUCGCCAGAGGUGAUUUCAAACUUAAAACUUUUAGUCACAAAUGAAGAUGAAGACAGUCGUUCCUUUUUAUUAGACGAUGAUUCCAGCAUCCCUUUUGAAACCGAUGAAAUCGCAAACUGCAUGCAAGAAAAGGACUUUGCGAAUGUUAAAUCAGUUUCUGAGCUCGCGGAUAACCCCAACUUUCAAUUUCUCAAUGACUGAGAAGUUUCAGCCUUCUUCCUAAUGCAUCUAUUUAAUGGGACUAAGCUACCAUUGAUUCACCUCGGUAUAAACUGUAUAUUUAAUAGGUUUCUGUUUCUAGUUUCCCCGAAGCGCGUUUUGAAACUGAGCAUCUGUAGUGGAUCACUUUACUCUUUUUCAGUUUCUUUACUUGUACGUCAAGAAACCUCAGGCGAGAAUUUGAACUAUUUGUUUGAUAA